UUCUUGAAUGUAUAGUGCUGGGAAUCUGGGAUUGUUUGAUCAUUGAGAAAAUGUUAUCAUGUUCACCAAUCAAGAACAAUGCACAGGAUCGAGAGUGAAGCUGUAAACUGAUGGCGUGCAUUAAGCUUCGUGGGGAAUGCACUAUUGCGUGUACUAUGGUGUCAGGUUUGAAAUGGGGUCAUAUCAUUGCAGAAUACGCAUUGUUCUUGCUCAUAAAUUACUUAACUAACACUUGGGGGCUAGGCUUUGCAAACGCUGCCGGAAUUAUAAAUCUUUUCUUUGGCAUCACUAAAAUUUUGGAGAUAUGUUUUGCUUUCGUGGCGGAUGCUUGUCUUGGCACUUUUAAAGCGCUUUUGCUCUCCAGUCUACUCUACAGCAUUGGUUUGGCGUUUCUAACAAUGUCAACGCCGCCUGUGCUCUCCAACUUUGCCGGAAAUUGCAACAGAUACGAGGCGGAGUGCGUUGGCCCCGUACAAAAGGCAUUCUUUUUCACGUCAUUGGUGUUAAUGGGCGUAGGCAUGGCGGGUCACGCGGUUUCUCUGGAUGCAUUCCUCCGCCACCACCAAACCCCCUGUCAUGAUGAUCAUCUUAACCAACAAGCUGAUGAAGAAGAAGAAAAAGAAGAUGAAUUUUGGAGCGUAAACAAUUUACUGGUAAUACUAAUCUCCGGCGUUGCUGCUCUAGCGCUUUCGAAUAUAGGGCCUUGGGAGAUUAAGUUUGCGGUUCCGGCCAUAUUUUUUUUCACCGCAACACUUGUAUUCUUCGCCGGGAAGGCGCUUGGGUUUUACAGUAACUACGGUGAUAAGCCUAAAGGGAGUGCCCUUACUACUCUUCUGAGAGUCUUUGUUGCCGCCACGUGCAAAAGUUGUCGUAAACUCCCUGCCAAUUCUGAUGAGCUUUACCAAGCACACGACGCCAACCACAAAUUGUCCCAUACUAAUGGAUGCUGGUGGCUUGACAAGGCAGCCAUCCCAUUGCCAAAGGAAGAGAGCAGAUGGAAACUGUGCAAUGUGAGAGAAGUAGAAGAAACCAAACUAAGUGUUCAGACGGCUAUGGUGUGGCCACCAAUCAUAAUAUGCGGCUUGGUUUCUUCAAUCGGAAGCACCUUCUUCGUGGUGCAGGCGGGCAAGAUGAGCCACAACCUGGGGAAAUGGCAAGUCCCUCCCACCAUUCUCCUACUCCUAUCCAACGCCGCAAAGUACGGCACCACCGCCUGUUUCAAACUCGGCGUGAAAGACGAACUAGGGGAAGGCGGGCGGCGUCGAGAAGAAAUGAGGGAGCUCGGCCCGGGAAGUGCGAUGCUUUAGGCGGUAGUAUGUUGUUUCACCGCUGCCCUGGUGGAAAAUAAGAGGAGGAGGCAUAUUAAUAGUAAUAAUGUGAUUAGCAUAUUUUGGCUCAUACCUCAGUUCUUGUUUCUUAUUAUUGUGGAUACGUUUUUCCAAGAACCCAUGAAAAUAUUCUUCAAGGAUAACGCUGCUCCGACGAUGAAGAAGUACGCGGUACACCUUACCCAGUUUGUGUGGGGUAUAGGACAAGCCCUCAGUCUUGUCUCGGUUUUAGCCUGCAAAAAAUGGUUCAACAAUGAUGUUGAUCAGAGCCGGUUGGAUAAGUAUUAUUGGACUCUUACAGCUCUCUCUGCCGUCACUCUUA